CAAUCGCGUUUUCCACCAAGAAACAAUUUUGAGUGAUCCGUUGUUUUGCUCUUGUGGCCGUUCAUACAGUGGAAAGCAUCGCAAAGGAAACCUAAGAAGACAUUUGUCGUUCGAAUGUGGCGUUGUUAAACCGACCAUCAGGUUCAAAUGCGACAUGUGUCCGAAAACGUAUACUAGAAAAGAAUCGUUGACCAUACACCUCACCAGUCACGUUUUCCACCAUAAAACCGAAUUGAGUGAUCCGUUGUUUUGCUCUUGUGGCCGUUCAUACAGUGGAAAGCAUCGCAAAGGAAACCUAAGAAGGCAUUUGUCGUUCGAAUGUGGCGUUGUUAAACCAACCAUCCGGUUUAAAUGCGACAUAUGUCCGAAAACUUAUACUAGAAAAGAAUCGUUGACCAUGCACCAUGAUGUUUUAAAAGUAGCAAGCGAAAAUGAUCCAGCAUUUUGUCCGAAUGGAUGUGGUCGGUCGUACAAAGGAGUCGACCGAAAGCAUAACCUCAAAAAACAUAUGAUGUACGCUUGCGGAGUUAAGCCACAGUUCGAGUGCAACAUUUGUUUUAAGAAAUUUAACUACAAACACUGUUUAAAGAGUCACUUGAUUAAUAUUCAUCGAAACUUGUCAUUGUGUAAUCACAUUUUAAAAUAGCCAUCCAUGGUUUUGGUUUACUAUACGUAAUGUAGGGUUAUUAUACAUGUACUAUAACUUUCAUUGUUUAAACGUUGUUAUUUCUGUUUGAAAGUUCCAUAGAAAGACGUAUAUUUUUAUACCUAUAGUAAAGUAACUUAUGUUUGCUUGUCAGUUUUUUUUUCUUAAGCUUAUUAUAAUUUUGUUUUAGUUAAAAAAUAUCAUUCACCUCGUGUUUGUUUAAUUAAAAUAUACUCGUGGUGAAUGAUUAAACUUAACUCAAUAGUUGUCCCUAUGAGUAUAUUACCACUUUUAUUUUGUUUUUAAAUAUAUUUUGAUUAUGUAUUAGUCGGUUAUCCGGUGAUUUUCACUGUUUUUGUUCUUAGAAAUUGCUUCAACUAAGCUAACCUCAUUCGCUUAAUAUAUUAUCUAGAGCUUGAUUAAAAUGUACACAACGUG